UGUUCAUGACAUUCAGCACUGGCUACUGUAAGUAAUCUGUUAAUACAUUCUACAGAACCAUUUUUUUUUACGGUUAAUACUCAAAUAAGUAAACUUCUUACCGGAAGGGGAUAUUUACAUUAUACAGUACAUAUAUCUAAAAAAAAAUAUGUAUCUACCAAUCUAAAAAUCCGUUGCCAUAAAUUGCUAAUGUACAGGGGGAGGGGCAACCAUUUCAAUGUUGAGAGAGGAGACUGGCAUACAUUGGAAAUGAAUAAUCAUUUGAUAAUAAAUUUGAUUUCUAUACUGUCAGAACAGAAAAUAUACAUUCUGAUUUCUUCUUACUUUCUUUCCGUGUAGAGUAAUAAAUUAAAACCACGAAAAACUGCAGCUUUUUUGUAGUCGGGCAUUAUAAGAUGGAGCUAGUCGAUCUAUUUCCAAUAAUUUCCGUAUCCCCCCUCCUCUUCCGAAGAAGAGGAGACAUACUGGUUUACUUUUCCUUAUUUGGAGAUAAUUCAACAUACAUUGUAUAAUGAAAAGGCAAUCAGCGUUAUGUGGCGUUGUUGUUCAGAAUCGAGUCUGGUCUUACAUCCGGUUUACCUUUACCUUUACAGGUGACAGUUGCUCCGAUAAUAAUCACCUGCAGGAAGGAACCACAUCCAGCCUAGAAUUCUCUAACAUGACGCUCACGAACGAAACGUGUAACUACGAGAUCGUUGCCCCAAUUGGUCAGCAAGUAGAAGUUUUGUUUGAUGUCAACUUUCACGAUCAAAUUCAGUGUACACCAACGUCGAAACCGACUUCCGGAAUAUUCAUAUCAUACACGGAGAGUGAUGACGACAUGUAUUAUGACGUUCUUUGCGAUAACAAGUCGUCCUAUGUGGUGCGGUCUGUGGGAAGAAGGCUGUUUGUGAAAUUGGUGAUAAAUAACACCCCUUUCUUAUAUCGAGGGAAUUAUUAUUAUGUUAAACCAACGAAUUGUGUCCUGUUCGAAUGUCUAAACGGGGGAACAUGCAUAGUUAUGAACGGUCAGCGCUUCUGUGUCUGUCCAUCCGGCCUAUCAGGACCGACUUGUGCCAAAUGUGCCAAUCUCACGUGUUACAAUGGUGGCUCGUGUAUCUCGCCUCUAAACACAGAACCAUAUUGUGUGUGUGAUAUCAGUUUCGAAGGAAGAUUCUGUGAAAGAAACAAAAACCCAUGCCUCUCAAAUCCAUGCGAGUUCGGCAGUUGUGAAAUAUUGACAUCGAGGGAUGUAGUGGCGCCUUCUGAUUCUGACAUGGCAGCAUAUUACAAGAUAGUGAACAACUACAGGAUGAUGAACAAUGACAAUAUAUCCAGCUCAACGCAGAAAUUUCAAGAUGAAUCAGAAGAGAGAAAGGAAGACUGGAGAUGCAGGUGUUAUCCGGGCUACACUGGAGUGAAAUGUGACCACAACGUAAACGAGUGUAAUUCGAAUCCCUGCCUACAGGGACAAGAGUGUAUUGACGGUGUGAACGACUACCAGUGUACCUGCGGUUCGUGUGUGUUCGGGUUAUGUGUUCUGGAAACAGACGGUGUGAACUGUCGCUGUUUUCCUGGAUUCGCAGGAACCAACUGUACGCAGAAUAUCAACGAAUGCAAAGAUAACCCAUGCGUGCACGGAGAUUGUGUGGAUUUCAUCAACGGAUAUGGUUGUACUUGUUAUGAAAAUUACGAAGGCAGAACGUGUAAUAUCUCACUGAAUGAAAACGCUGAGCAACACAACGAAACGGGAACGUGUACCAAAUCUAGACGCACGUGUGAACACGGUUUGUGUGUGGGACAAGAGCCAGGCGCGGUGUGCGAGUGUUACAUGGGCUUUACAGGAAAGAGAUGCAACGUUCCAACAACUUUCCUGGCUUCAGAAAACACCACAUUUCUAUCACAACACCACAGGUGCUUUGGACGGGAGGACCUCGUGGAGGUUUGCCAUUGUGUGUCAUCGAUCUGUGUGAGUAACGAAACCGAACUCCAUAAUACGACGGUUUGCAACACCCUCCCGUUUCUUUAUUCACUGAAGAGAUUCUGUUCUGCAGAAAAUGUGUCGUCCCUGUGUGUUUCUGUAGUGGACAUUAACACUAUACCAAUAGUACAGUUUAUCUGUGAUCGCAAGCAAAAGAUGAUUCAAAUACCACCAGAUAGCGCCCACGUGACAUAUCUAGUUCCCACGCGCGAGAAAACUCCCACGCAUUAUUUCCACACCUAUAUACUCCGGUGUACAUUUCAAAAUACGAAGAAUACGGUGAAUAUUGAGUUGCGUGAAGAAGAAAUACCAUUGGUAACCGCUCUUCCGCUUUAUCUUCAUCCGCCAUGUUACAUAAAUGACAAUGCCAAUUUGUUGGCUUCCAAUUGGUCACUUGCAAAACUGUCACUGCUUUUCAAUUUGACAAGAAUUCCGGAUUACUUUCAGUCUGUCUGUUUUGAGAUUACAAUAUUAAAUGAUUCAAAGUCGGAAGUCUUAAAUACUUGGAUUAAUUCUAACACUCAAAUUCGAACCUACUCGCUUUUGAUAAAGGAGACGUUUCUCUUGUUUGACAAUGACACUCAAUUGCUGGAGUCGGACAAUGUAGGGCAAGUCACGUAUACAUGUGACAGGAGAUGUGACGACAGUUUUUGCAGGCAAAAGAUGUGUGAAUCGAAAAGUGUAUACGAAUCCAUGGAAUAUGAAUCAGGGACCUACUAUUCUAAUGACAACAGAAACAGCUUUUGUCGGUGUUCAGUCGAUGAAACAGAGAAUAGGUGCAACACAACACACGGUGAUGAUGGAAAUCAGGAGAUACAAACGACAUCGUACACCGUUAUGUACAUACUUAUAGCAGCGGCCAUUCUAAUGACGUUGUUAAUUCCUGGAUCCGCCUGUUUGUGCUUCAAAAGAUCUAGACAAAGGGGUCAUGUCGAGUUUCCACAAUUACUGUACAUUCCUAAAACUUUCUCCGAAAACACCACAACUGAGGAAAUUCGAAAUACAGAACCAAUUCGGACUACUAAAUUGAUGACUUCACGGGAUAUCUUCAUGACGAACAAGAAAACGCUGUUCCAGGUAGAUGGAGUGGAGACAGGAAAAAGUGAGGCGUGACGAACCUGGGAAUCACGUGACGACCUGGAAAUCACGUGACGAACCUGGAAAUCAUGUGUUAGAUUUUUAACCUCCACAGCGAAUGCGCCAAUAAUGAACGUUUUUCUGCACGAUAUGUCUCAACAUUUAGCAAAUGACCGUGCAGUUGUUUUAAAAGAGUGAAAGUCGUUUAUGAUCUUCUCUCUAUUGCCUUCCAGCCAUUGUGUAUAACACAGCUAAUUGUGCUAAGUUAAAUAAAGGUUAACAAUUUAACGUCAGCCGAGUUUAUAAAUACAUUUUUUUCUUCACUUUGAUUACCAUAUUUAACAAUUACAACGGAAACCCUUAAUGUUACCAUGAUACAUCAAAAGAAGAUAAGAUAACUCUAAUUCUAUGCCCUACUUUUGCAAAUAUAAUCUGCUACAAUUGUA